AAACUGAAAAAUAUUGAUUUUCUCGAUGGGUGGUGGGUGGAAACAGUAAGAGAUGCUUUGGCAAUCAUGAAUGGUGAAUGGUGAUGGUGGGGGUGGUGGUGCCUCCGUCACCGUCGCUGUCUCUGUCGGUGUUCCUGUCCCUCCGAAAUGGUGCCAAAGGAUGGCGGGCCCCGCAGGCCCUCGUGGGCAGAAUUAUUGCCCACGAUUCCUCGGCCCACUCUCACUCACUCCCAGCACCCUUAUUUUGGCCACUUUCUUUUGAGCCAUUUAUUUAAGAAACCACACACUCACUCACUCCUUCUAUCCAGUCCAGACUUCAUUCAGACUCCAGUCUUUCUAUCUCCUUCUUCUUCUUCUUCUUCUUCUUCUUCUUCUUCGUCGUUCGGUUGUAAUUUCUUACUUAAUUUUCAUUAUAUAACAGAUUAGUAUAUUAUUACAUGGUUAUUAAUUUUAUCUGCCUAAUUAGUAAUUAAGCUACUUAAUUACUUUGAUUAGAGUAUAUCAUAUAUAUAUAUAUACACACACACCCACAUAUACGUAGUCGAUCAUACUCGAUCGUCCGUCCAUCGAGCUACAGCAAUAUUUUAACCAAAUAAGAAAAUAAAAAUAAAAAUGAGGAUGAUAGAUCUUGGAAGCCAAAGAGGGCCUUUAGUCCAUAUCAUGGACACAGCAACGGCGGUGGAGUGCGGGCGCGAAGUGAGGUUUCGACGAUCUUUGAGAUCGCUGGUGGAGUGCAUGGUCCCCUGCUGCGGCUUCCAACCAUCGGAGUCGGUGUCCACGGAGUCCGACUCCACGACAAUCACGGGAACCUUCUUCGGGUACAGGAAAGGCAGAGUGAGCUUCUGCCUGCAAGACGACACGCGAAGCUCGCCUCUGAUGCUCCUGGAAUUCGCAGUCCCAACGGCGUACCUGGCACGUGAGAUGCAGCAUGGGCUGCUGAGGAUCGCUCUGGAAUGCCACCAGGACCCACACAAGGCCAGGUGUUCCCUCUUCCACGUCCCCGUCUGGUCCAUGUACUGCAACGGAAGGAAGGUUGGCUUCGCCAUCCGGCGCCAGAUGACCGUCAGCGACUUGGCCGUGCUCAAGCUCAUGCAGUCCGUCUCCGUCGGUGCCGGCGUUCUUCCGCUCCCCCUCUCCUCCAAAUCUGACGACUCCGAUGGCGACCUCAUGUACCUCCGCGCCAGCUUUGAGCGGGUUGUCGGCUCCUCCGACUCCGAAUCCUUUCAUAUGAUCAACCCCAUUGGCAGCUCCGGCCAGGAGCUCAGUAUUUUUCUCUUGAGAUCAUGACAUCACAUGCCUCCUCUUUCUUUCUUCUCUUCUUCUCCUUUUACGCACUCGUAAUCUGCCAAUCUCAUCAUUUUCAUUUUAUCUUAAUAUUAUAUACAUCAAAAUGUUAUGAGUAUCAAUAUUUUGUUAGAAUUAAAUGCAUAUAUAAAUAUAUAUACAUAUAUAUAUAUAUAUUAUGUUUCUGACUGUGCAGUGUACGUACUACGUAAAACAUAUAUUCUCAUUCUCUGAGACUUGUAUACAAAAUGUUAAUCAAUCAAUAUAUGUAAUUAUGACGUCGGAGGCAGAUAUAAGAGGGAAGCAGUAAUUUACAUUUA